AUGCGAUCAGCCUCCACAGCGCCUCCUCCGUUGACCGUGUCCAUCGCCGAUCCACACGUGCUUUCUGCUGAUUCGACUUUGAUAAGCGAGAGAGAGCGUGCGCCCGACGGAGGGCAUCUUCAUGAUCGUUCUCCGCACCUUUACACAGUAAGCACGUGUUCAAAUAGUUCAGGCAGCCGCGAAGCUCCGCCCACCACACUGCCAACACGUGGCGUAUAAAAGGGGAGCCGCCGGCCAGUGCACCUCAUCGCUUCUGACUCUCCGAAUCCGAAGUAGCCCUCUUCAUCCUCAUCUCAACAUGACCGUCGAUAUCCCAGCCACCCAACGCGCCCUCGUCUUCGACACCUGGAACGGACCGCUCGAGGUCAGACAAGUCCCGGUGCCAUCGCCAGCCGACGAUGAGAUCCUCGUCAAGAUCGAAUACUCUGGAAUCUGCCACUCCGACCUCCACGUCUGGCUCGGAGACCUCAAGGGAAUGAGCGUCUGCCCACUCGUCGGAGGACACGAAGGAGCUGGAAGCGUCGUUCAAGUCGGAAAGAACGUCACCGGAUGGGAACUCGGAGACAAGGCCGGAGUCAAGGUGAGAGCUCAGCUUCUCUCAGCUCAUAAUCAAAUGUUUCUUUGCAGCUCAUGAACUUCAACUGCCUCAACUGCGAAUUCUGCAAGAAGGGACACGAGCCGCUCUGCCACCACAUCCAGAACUACGGAUUCGACCGCUCCGGAACCUUCCAAGAGUACCUGACCAUCCGUGGAGUCGACGCCGCCAAGAUCAACAAGGAUACCAACUUGGCCGCCGCCGCCCCGAUCCUCUGUGCCGGAGUCACCGUCUACAAGGCUCUGAAGGAGUCCAACGUCAAACCAGGACAGAUCGUCGUGCUCACUGGAGCCGGAGGUGGUCUCGGAUCGCUCGCCAUCCAGUACGCUAAUGCCAUGGGAAUGAGAGUGGUCGCCAUGGACCACGGAAGCAAGCAGCAGCAUUGCAAGAGCCUCGGAGCCGAGUGGUUCGUCGAUGCUUUCGACACCCCGGACAUUGUCUCCCACAUCACCAAGCUCACCGAUGGAGGACCGCACGGAGUUAUCAACUUCGCCGUCGCCAAAAAGCCAAUGGAGCAGGCCGUCGAGUACGUCAGAAAGCGCGGAACCGUCGUCUUCGUCGGACUUCCAAAGGACUCCAAGGUGAGUAUUCCGAGUCUCUCGCUCUCUCGCUCUCUCGCUCUCUAGCCUAUCUCUCCCUUCUUCCAGAUCACCUUCGACACCACCCCGUUCAUCUUCAACGCCGUCACCAUCAAGGGAUCCAUCGUCGGAUCUCGCCUGGACGUCGACGAGGCCAUGGAGUUCGUGACCCGCGGAAUCGUGAAGGUGCCGCUCGAGUUGGUCCGUCUCGAGGACGUGCCAGCUGUUUACCAAAAGAUGAUCGACGGAAAGAUCACCUCUCGCGCCGUCGUCGACUUCUCCUUGUAA